ACGAAUAUUCUGCAAGUUGUUGAAUAAAAACAAACUCUUAAAAACGAGUAAUAACUGUCUAUUACUAUCAACUCUUCAAUAUCUUUAAUCAAUUGUUUGAAAGUAAUAAUGAAGCCUGUGGUUUUACUUACAUCGGCUGGCGUGCAAAAGGCGGACCAAAUAGCGAAGGAUAUCCUUGUUAGUAAUGGAAAUGUUGUAGACAAACCUGUUACUAUGUCAUUUGGAUCAGCUGGAUUUGCAGCAUAUUUAUGCGACCUUAAGACAAAGUAUUAUGAAAACACCAUCGCUUUGCUGCCUUAUGAAGGAGAUAUCAACGCACUGCCUGAAGAGCUUUUAAGUGCAACCGAAAUGUUAAUAGUCUACUUUGAACCAGAUGAUAAAUCUUUUAAAUCACAAUUAACUGAAUAUUGCAAUUUUCUAACUAACAAUGACAUUGAGUUGGGUUUACUGCUGACUAGCAAACUUUACGAUGAUGAAAAACAGGGCCCGACUUAUGGUACUUUGAAAGAAAACUGUAAAUUUCAAUUUGAUAUAAUUGAAUUAUGUAAUGACGACGAUGAUGGUAAGACAACGGGAUAUAAAGAAGUCGUUGAAGUAUUAAAAAAUAAUAUUUGGUCAAACAUCGCUGUGCCAGGUGCCAACACCGAAGAACUUGAUGGUGAUCUGGAAGAGCAAUUGGAGGGCUUUGAAAAUUUAAUCAUGAGCAUACAAAAUUUUCGAAGAAUUUCAAGUGGUAUGGAAAGGGAUCAAAGACUCGAUGAGGCAGAAAAAUUAGCUGAUCUCUUCCUAAAAAUGAUGAAUGAAGAUAAAUAAUGUGAUAACUCUAGUAUUUUGUUUAAGUUAAAUAUAUAUAUUUAAGACAUACAUACAUACAUAUAUAUGCUA